GGUCGAGCCCAGCAGCACCGCACAAACAAAUAUAAAAGAAAAAGGAAUAAGCCAGGCUGUGGUAGAGCUGUGAACACUACAUUAUAGUGAUCAAACUCAAAUGCUCUCUUAAACAGAAGUUGCAAAUUAAUUAGCAGACAGAGAAUGAGCUCUAUUAUGCAGAGCUUUCAAAAGAGAACUCUCCCAGUUUCGCACUCAAAUGCGGAAGCUGCAAGCCUACGCAGAAGGCUAUCCUCUCUGUCCCUCAAAAUUCAGCGACCCAUAGGCAGAUCCAAAUCAAUGGGAGAUGCUGCAGAAGUUAGUUCGUUGAGGAAAUGGUGGGACUGGGGCUGCUCUUGGAUUCUUUCAAGAAAACCAGUUUUCGCCCAAGAUCUCGAAAUGAACGAAGAAGAAACCGCGAUUCUUGGUUGCCAUAGCAAAGGGAGCUGGAGACAUGUGUUCUACAAGGUGAGAUCCGAGUUCAAAAAGAUUGUCGGAUCUCACAAAGUUGGCCUUCCCCAAACUUGCAGGUACGAUUCGUUCAGUUACUCCAAGAAUUUCGACGAUGGAACCAGCAAGAUUCAAGAUUGAUCAUUAUUAUUAUUAUUAGCUGAAUUCUUUCAAAUGUUUUUGGGCAUUCUUGAUUUGUUAAUGGUGGACUGUAAUUACAUAUAUACACUGUCAUUGCUCUGUUUAAUAUAUAUAUGUCAUGGUGGAUUGGUGCCAAUCAUACAGCAACUGUACUACUUUAUUUGUUGAUCAAAUCAAAUCAUGUUUGAAGGCAUUGUUUAA